GCAGCUUCCCUACGGACCCAGCCCCACAGAUCCCACGGUGCAGCUUGGACCCCCAAGGAGCCGCGUGGAGCCCCCACUGUGUCUGCAAUCGGCGCCAGGCAGCGGCUUUCCAGCUUCCGCAGCAGGACUGAGCGAGCACCCGCACCCCGACCGCUUAUGCGUUACUGGCUGCCCAAUGGCGGAUGAAGGCAAGAAGUCGUCCCAAGCGCUGGUUAAAGCUGAGCUGAAUGUCAGCAAAGCUCAGAGUGUGCGGGAGGAGACGGCGCUGAGGAUGAAGUCCUACGCCAACUGGGAGGAGUUCCUCAUGCCGGCCCCCAUCUCCAUCGCCAUCCUGGGGCAGCUCGUGUUCAUUUCAGCGGCGCAGAAGGACUUCUCCAUCAAUAAGAACCCCCCUAAGGAUGGCUUCAAGCACAUCAAGUACCCAGAAUCCUUCAGGGCCUCCUUGUGUCAAGUCAGCAACCAAGGCUGGGAGGCCUUCAACGCUGCGCACGUCAACAUGGACAAGAUCCGGCUGCUCUCCAUGAGCGUCCCGGGACGGACGAAGACGAUUGUUAAAAUUCUGUUCCAGGACAUGGAGACGGUGAACGCCAUGCUGCCCACGCACCUAAAGAACAUGAAGGCCGUGGCAGACGACUGCCAAGCCUUAGCCAAAGCAGUGGAGGACAAGUAUUCAGACGUCAUCCACCUGAUCCAGGAGCUGAUGGAGGCCUGUUUGAACGCCAAGAAGGGUUACGAGGAUGAGCUGAAGGAAGUCGAGAUCGCCCUGCAGCAGGCUCGGAUCAAGGAGGAAGCCACCAGGGAGGCGCAGAAGCUGGCAGAGGAGUAUCACAAGCAGAUGAAGAAGCACGUCGAUGAGACCUUUGACCAGUUCAAGGACGCCAUGAAUUCCAUCCCCACAGGGUGGGAUGUAGUGGGCAUGAACAUUGUGGAGAGUCUUGCAAAUGGAAUCCUGAAUGUUGCCAAUGGGGCUGCAAGUGUGUACACAGGAAAACUAGGCAAGAUACAAGCUGGGGAAAUGGGAGGAGGUACAGUGGCCAGCCUAGAGGAGAGUGAGCAUGGAUGCACCAUACCAGAACUCAGAAUUUUUCCCAAGUCAGGGACGCUCCUGGCGUACGCAACAAGCCUCAAAGAGCUAAUCGUUGAGCCCGCUGGCCUCGACAUGCAGAAAAUCGUCAAUGAGCAAACUCAGACAGUCAACACCAACUGGCUGAAAGAUGCUUUCCGAGAGCAGAAGAGCAGCAUAGACAGAGAAAACGAGUGUAAGCCAAAAACUCAAGCUCAGAAGAUCUGUACAUUUGGCCUUAGUAUUUGUGAACAGCUGGAAAAGUUGGCCUUGUCCAAAAACAAAGAUAAGGAAGAAGAAAAGUCUCUUGUUGAAAAGAUCCAACGCUUAUACCAAAGUGCAUCGGAGUUCGAUACAAAGAGUAAAUCGUCAAUGGGAUCGCCGGCCUUCACCGCCAAGCCGCCGAACAUGGCUAAAUCCCAACAAGCCUCCACGGCAGCAUCCGGUGCCGUGCAAAAUGCACAUCUGAAGGUGGAACAGAGCCGGGCGAUGAUGAAGGAGACCCAGGAGGAGUAUCAGAGGAGCUUUGACAACUUCAAGAAGCAGAACGAUGAACUGAAGGAGCUCUUGUGCACCAUGGAGAAAUGCAAGGUUCAGGAAAUUGAUUUCAAGACGGCCAAAGAGAUGCUGAUCAAAGGGCUGGAGGCCCUAGGGAGGGUGAAGGAGCAGUGGGAGAAGAUGGUGAGGUUCUUCCAGAUGAUCUCCAGCCUGAUUGACUCCUGCCUCAGUCGGGACAUCAAGGAAUUUGUGAGCUCUGUCUCGGACGUACAGAAAAUUGGAAAUUAUUCCUCCAACUGCUUUGUCCUAGACAUGAUCUACAGCCAGGCGUUCAACGCUUCCAACGUGGCCCACCUGGUGCACAUGAUCUCUGAGACCUACACCCAGGUGUCCAAUAAAUUCCUGAUGGAUCGCAUAAGCAGCUUGGGGCGACUGAUCGCCCUGGAACCAUCUGACCCGAAAUUCAACAUUGAGCGGGAGAGGUUACAGACAGGUUGCGAAGAGGCCCGCCAAGCCAUCCAUGACUUGGUGAUCGAGAAGAAGGAGGAGUUUGAUCGGAGCGUGGAGGCCAGGGUGGAGACGAUCGACAGGGAGCUGAAGGCCGUGCUGCCCCCAAUGAGUGUGGCAGAGCAGAAGGCAAUCGAGGGAGCGGUGCGCCAGGGGAUGAAGGAGUUGACCGCAGGGGAAGAUGAUCAGUUUGCGUAGAUGGACGCAUUGCUGGGGUCCUGGCAACUGGCUCUCGCUGUGGGGAGUCUUUGUAAUCAAGCAAUUGCAACCCCACCUCGCUUCGCUCCAUAUACGACUUUGCUUUGCAUGGCCUGAGCCCGGGAGAGGCCAGCCGCACAGUCAAGGUGCUUCAUGAGAACACAGCAGAUCUGGGUUCUAGUCUUCACUCUGCCACACGCUGUUCUUUCUCCCCCUGGGCAAGUCACUGUGUUGCUCUGUGCUGUGGCUUCCCGUCUGCAAGCUAGGGCUGUCUCAUUGCCCCCAUCUCAGCCAUGGGGUGCUGCGCGUGGAGGGUGAAACACGCAGGCUGUAGUGGGCCCUUGUAAGAAUCUACUGAGUGAUCCGGGGAGGGGCGACACUAUUGGGCUGUAACAUGAAUGUACGAAUCCUUGUUGCAACCAGUGUAACUUGUUUGCACCAAACCCUAUACAAGGCAGGCCAAGUGUGAUGUCCAUGAGAAGCUUCGGAUUCCCUGGUUUCUGUUGACACUGCUCGCACGCACGUAGUGGUGUUGUACGAGGAGCUCUGAGCACUGGCUCUGCACUUGCAUUUCAACGCUGGCUUCGGGGACACGCCCUUAGGAGACGGGGCCCGUCUCUUCGGAGAGGUUUGACAGCCAAGGGAAUCGCAGCCCUUCCCUGCCAGCGCAGCUCAGGGGUGUCAAUCCACAUCUGAUGAGCUUGGUCGCGAAUGUUCAGACCAGCACGCGAGCCGGGGCGGUGCCGGAAACGGGUGGAGUCCUGCGUGGACAGAUGACCUGUUUGUGUGACAGACUCUGUCCUGGGACCUGCUUUUGCACAGCAAGAGCAACGGGAUUCUCUCCACGUGGGUACGGCUGUGAGAUGGCACAAGCCCCAGGGCCUCUCUCUCUUCAGCCCGGCGGAUCACCUGACUCUGCACUGAACUGCAGCCUGGAAGAACUGACGGCCCCGCCUAACAGACGAUGGAUUCCAGAGACAUAAUCACAAACAGCUGAUUGCAGCUCUGCUACAAGCGGACACCAAUUCCGUUGUAACUGGGGGGGGUCAUUUGAUUCCUUUCACAAUUUUACUCUGUUUCCUUAAUAAAGCUUUAGACUGCAGAUUCUAAAGGACUGGCUCGCGGGGUGUUCUUUCAGGGAAGAGCUGAGGUACAAUAUUAUGAUUUCAACUGAGAGCUCCCCGCUGAAAUCCCAGAUGAGCCUCCACUGAUCAGUUAUAAAAUGGAUAGGUAGCAUGCCUUAGUUUCCCUUCUUAUACUGCCGAUCAGGCUUGAUACGGUUUUUCUGCUGUGCUAAUGGUUAUAUUUAUUUCCAGGUGACUGCUCAGAAGCAUGAUUACAAUGACUGUUUAAUUACUUGGAGCAUGCCUACACAACAGGGCAAAACACAAAAUAAGCCACGCAACGUUGUGUCGCUUAAUCCAAAAUAGCUUAUUUCGACUUUGGGUGCUGUCUACACAGCUGUUAUUUUGAAACAGAGCCCUGUCCCCCCCGACUUGCCUUACUCCUCGUACAAUGAGGGUUACAGGAGUCGGAGCAAGAAGCUGGUUGUUUUGAGUCCUUUAACUAGUCCUUUAACUGCCCCAUCGCAGGGUUUCCAUAAGAACCAGACUCCGUCCGUAUCUUGCUAUUUUAAAUUGCGGGUGAGGGUUUGUAAACCAGUAAACGUUAAGCCCGUUUGUCCUCUAGGUGAGCACGGGACAAGCAUCAGCUAAAGCAGCGGUCACCAGCCAGCAGCUCAGGAUCGAUCAGUAGAUCUUGGAGCC